UCUUCACUUUUCAGAAGUUUGGUUAAAUGGCUCCUGCUCGGAAGAAGACUGCAACUCGAGGUCGUAAAGUUGCUAAAGUAAAAAAUGAUAAAGUAAUUGCCUUCCUGAAAGACUUUGAUAAUGAAGUUCGUCUUCGUCUUGAAGUAAUGAAAACAGCAUAUGACAAUCUUCUGAAAGAAGUGGAUACUUAUUAUAAUAUCGAACUUCUCAAACUUCCACCUUCGGUUCGACAAAUGUCAUGGCUAGAUUACUUUGACUGGUCUGAACAUUAAAGCAGAGGUGGCUCACAUUCCAAUUAAGUCUACCAGAAAAGGGAAAAAGAAGAAUAUCAACUCUAAUACAGUUAUUGAAGACGCAGAAAAUAUACCAAUAUCAGCUGGUCCAAAAGUAGGGAAGGCUAAAGUAAACUCCAAGAAAUUAUCUGCUUCCACAAAGAAAACUAAAGUAUUGUUGGAAACAAGUGUGAAUGCUCCUAAGAGGCAGUCUCGAAAAGUUUUUACUCCUGCCUUUUCCAGGUCUUGUGAUAUCUCAGUUUGGGGACCUACACCACUCAUAACUCCAAAGUUUGAUCCAAGACAACCAAAUACACCAGCAGCACGUUCGGCAAAACCAAGAGAGCGCAUUUUUACAUUUUCAGCAAGUGGUAGUCCAAUAGCUGUAGGUGAUGUUGUUGUCAGCGUGCCAGCUGGAGAUGGGGAGGUUAUUCAACUAAUGGCGAGUGACAUGGACACAGUAGAUAUUGCUAAUCUGGAUCAGAAGGCACUUCAUAAUAUUCAGAUGCUUUCGAAUCGGCUGUCUAAAUUAUGUGAAAAAGUAAAGCGACAGAAAUGAAGAUUGUGAACAGUUUUAACUUUGUACAGAACUUUUUUUUUUUUUAAGAUAAGCUUUUUUAACUGCCGUUUGUAAUCUUUCAUCUACUUUUAGUUGUUUUUAGGUUAAAAUAUUUCCUUAGCAAAACUACUUUGUGUCUUUUAAAAUCUGUUAUUUAAUAUCAAGCAAACUUUGUGGUGGUUAAUUUUUUUUGUGUGUAUCUAAAUAUUUUUGUGUCUGUAUAGUCCUUUCUCUUUUUUUUUUCCUCCCUUGUCUUUGAUCUGAUGCAUAUGAGGGGCGAAGAAAAGAAGGGAUGGGGAACAAAUAUUUUGGAUGAAGAAUGUAUUCAGUCUAAAUUAGUCUGAAUUUGCAGUCUGGAGUAGUAACUGUAAAUAUUUUUUUGUCUGUAUAGUCCUUUCUUCUGUUUUUCUUGUCUUUGAUCUAAUGCCUCUGUAGAAUGAGGGGUGGAGAAAGGAAAGGAUGGGGAACAGAUAUUUUGGCUGAAUGUUUUCAGUCUGAAUUAGUCUGAGUUUGCAGUCUGGGCUUUACUGCAAUCUUAAAUUAAAAAUCUCACCGAAAGUGA